GGCGGCUACAACAAGGCGAUUGAGCUGUACGAGAAGGCGCUCGCCAUCAGAGUGGAGACGCUGGGCGAGAAGCACCCGAGCACAUCAAGCACGUACAACAACCUCGGCAACGUCCUACAAGAAAAAGGGCCAGCGCUCGCCAUCAAGGUGGAGGCGUUGGGUGAGAAGCACCCGAGUACAGCACAGACGUACAACAACCUCGGCAGCGCCUACUACAGCAAGGGCGAGUACGACAGGGCGAUUGAGCAGUACGAGAAGGCCCUCGCCAUCAGGGUGGAGACGCUGGGCGAGAAGCACCCGAGCACAGCGACCACCUACAACAACCUCGGCAUCGCCUACGCCAGCAAGGGCGAGCAUGACAAGGCCAUUGCUUACCAUGAGAAAGCCCUCGCCAUAAGGGUGGAGACGUUGGGCGAGAAGCACCCGAGCACAGCCGACACGUACAACAACCUCGGCAACGCGUACAACAGCAAGGGCGGCUACAACAAGGCGAUUGAGCUGUACGAGAAGGCGCUCGCCAUCAGAGUGGAGACGCUGGGCGAGAAGCACCCGAGCACAUCAAGCACGUACAACAACCUCGGCAACGCCUACAAGAAAAAGGGCCAGUACAACAAGGCCAUCCAGCUGUAUGAGAAGGCGCUCGCCAUCAAGGUGGAGGCGUUGGGUGAGAAGCACCCGAGUACAGCACAGACGUACAACAACCUCGGCAGCGCCUACUACAGCAAGGGCGAGUACGACAGGGCGAUUGAGCAGUACGAGAAGGCCCUCGCCAUCAGGGUGGAGACGCUGGGCGAGAAGCACCCGAGCACAGCGACCACCUACAACAAUCUCGGCAACGCCUACGAUGACAAGGGCGAGCACGACAGAGCGAUUGCGUUUUAUGAGAAGGCCCUCGCCAUCACGGUGGAGACGCUGGGCGAGAAGCACCCGAGCACAGCUGCGUCCUAUGGCAGCUUGGGCGUCGCCUACAAGCACAAGGGCGAGUACGACAAGGCGAUUGAGCUGUACGAGAAGGCCCUCGCCAUCAAGGUGGAGAUGCUGGGGGAGAAGCACCCCAGCACAGCUGAGACAUACUUCAACAUCGGCCUGCUGCACGACGACCGCGGCGACAAGGAGCAGGCCUGCGCCUAUGUCCAACAUGCACUCGACAUUUUCACACCCACGCUUGGGCCAGACCACCCAAACACCCGCAAGGCGGCGCGCAAUCUGGGGCGCAUUCGCAGUGCUGAUGUGAAGGUUCAAGGUGCACGCACUGGCGGCGCCCUGGGCGAGGAAGAGAACGAGCAGAAGCAGCAAGAAGGAAGCGGCGGUGACGACAACAUGACCAGCCAGGACUGGGCUGUGCUUGUCCCCUUUCACUCCCCCGUCCACGCCCACAACGCUCGCCUUGCGCAUCAGAGUGCGGCGGCAUCGGCAGCGGGUUCGGCCGCUCAGCGUGCACGGCGCCCAGCAGCCUCGUCGGAGGGCUGGGUCGCCAGCCUGUACUCGCUGUCCGUCCACGACCGUCCGGAACAGCACGUCGUUGCUGCAGGCCCACGCCAAUCGGGGAUGCGCCCAACUCUCUUGCUGCACCUCCGCUACCGUUAA